GGGAGCUUUGCAUUGCAUUGCAGCAAAGGAGGAAGAGAGGCAUUGCCAAAGGAAUCCUGAUACGGUAGCCAACCCUGGCUUUUGCUAGGCCAGGAUUGCUCCUGAAAAGAAUGCCUUGCAGCUGAUGCUUUGUAAAGGGAAGCCAAGAUGGGGUUCCUGCACCAGCUUUACCUCCUGCUUUGGAAGAACGUGACUCUCAAACGGCGGAGUCCGUGGGUCCUUGCCUUCGAGAUCUUCAUCCCGCUGGUCCUCUUCUUCAUCCUGCUGGGUCUGCGGCAGAAGAAGCCCACCAUCUCCGUCAAGGAAGCCUUCUACACGGCUUCCCCGCUCACUUCGGCCGGGAUCCUGCCGGUCAUGCAGUCACUGUGUCCAGAUGGUCAGCGGGACGAGUUUGGGUUCCUGCAGUACUCCAACUCCACCGUCACUCAGCUGCUGGAGCGGCUCAAUGAGGUGGUGGAGAAAAGCAAGCUCUUUGACCCGGACGGCGGGGGGCUGGAGGCAGAACUGGACUCCCUGCGGCACCACUUGGAGUCCCUGGGAAGCAACGCUCCCUCCGCCAUGGAGGCCCACUUCCGCCAACGAGACGGUUUCACGCUGGACUCUGCAGCCAAGGACCGGGUGGCCUUCCGCCGCUUCCUGACCCAGAACCUCUCCUUGUCCAACGAAACGACCGAAGCCUUGGCUGGAUCCAAAGUGAACCUGAAAGAGGUGUACCGACUCUUCUUUGGCGGUCCUUCUGGAGGCUUCCACGAACCCUGGGACCCCUUCCACCCGGCAGACAAACUCCUGCGGCUGGAGGAGAGCCUCCUUUGGGGCCCCAAGGAGGGUCCGGCCACCCCGCAGAAGGGCCCACCGCGUCAGAAGGGCCUACCCCACCUCCUUUCCCAGGUCUUGGGCCUCCCCAGCACCCCCCCGCAGCCGAUCGGACCCUACGGCCCUCAGGCCUUCCUCAGGGACAUGGAGGGUUUCGUCUUCCGUCCUGCGGUGCUGGAGGGCCUGACUUGCCGCCGGGGCGAGAUGCAGCGUCUCCUGGAAGCCCCCGAGGGCCAGCGCCGGCUCCUGAAGGGCUACCAGGCGGCCGUCUGCAACCGGAGCACAGCCCUGCGCAAGGAGCACUUCGGGAGGCUGGCGGCGGAGCUGAAGGACCAGCUGGACGCCCCGAAGGUCAUCCGUCAGCUGCGACUGGACGAGGUCAAUGCCUCUGAGGAGGCCGCCGGAGGACGCCUGCACUCGCUACUGGAGGACCUGCUGGCCCUGCAGAGGAUGCUGCGGGAGGUGGACGUCCUCUCAGCUUUGGCCCGGCUGCUGCCCCAAGGGGCCUGUGCCUCCUCCGCUGGCCGGGCAGGGGCUCCCUUUGGCCCCACGGCCCCCAACGCCACCAGCCUCAGCGCCAACUUCUCCUUGGGGGUCAACACCAGCACCAUCGAGGAGGAGGAGGAGCAGGAGGGCAGGGAGCCCCCCGCGGCAGAAGACCCCCGCGGACAGUGCGCCGCCUUCGUCCAGCUCUGGGCCGGACUUCAGCCCAUCCUCUGCGGAAACAACCGGACCAUUGAGCCAGAGGCUCUGAAACAGGGCAACAUGAGCUCCCUAGGCUUCACCAGCAAAGAGCAGCGCAAUCUGGGGCUCCUCGUCCACCUGAUGACCAGCAACCCCAAGAUCCUUUAUGCCCCCGUCGGCACCGAGGCAGACAGGGUCAUCCUCAAGGCCAAUGAGACCUUUGCCUUUGUGGGCAAUGUGACCCGCUUUGCCCAGGGGUGGCUCAACGUUUCGGCCCAGAUCCGUGGCUUUUUGGAGGAAGGCAAGCUCCAGGAACGGAUCCGGCGGCUGCGCGAAAUGGCGGCCGACCUCCAGAGGCACCCAGAGGCUCUGAACAUCUCGGACAGCGACCUGCUGCACCGCUUCCUGGAGAGCAACUUCUCUCUGCCCAACGCCAGCGCCCUCCUCUCCCAGCUGGACGCCAUCGACAAUGCGGCCUGUGGCUGGGUUCAGUUCAUGACCAAGGUCAGCGUUGACAUCUUCAAGGGUUUCCCUGAUGAGGAGAGCAUCGUCAACUACACCCUCAACCAAGCCUACCAAGACAAUGUCACCGUCUUCGCCAGCGUAAUCUUCCAGACCCGGAAGGAUGGCAGCCUCCCUCCCCAUGUUAUGUACAAGAUCCGGCAGAACUCCAGCUUCACAGAGAAGACCAACGAGAUCCGGAGGGCCUACUGGAGGCCCGGGCCCAACACCGGCGGCCGGUUCUACUUCCUGUAUGGUUUCGUCUGGAUCCAAGACAUGAUGGAGCGUGCUAUCAUCAACACCUUCGUCGGCCACGAUGUUGUCGAACCUGGGAACUACGUGCAGAUGUUUCCAUAUCCGUGUUACACGCGAGAUGACUUCCUGUUUGUGAUCGAGCACAUGAUGCCCCUCUGCAUGGUCAUCUCCUGGGUCUAUUCGGUGGCCAUGAUGAUCCAGCACAUUGUGGCGGAAAAGGAGCACCGCCUGAAGGAGGUGAUGAAGAUGAUGGGGCUCAACAACGCCGUCCACUGGGUGGCCUGGUUCAUCACAGGCUUCGUCCAGCUGUCCAUCUCGGUCACGGCGCUGACCGCCAUCUUGAAGUACGGCAAGGUCCUCAUGCACAGCGACGUCUUCAUCAUCUGGCUCUUCCUGGCCAUUUAUGCCGUGGCCACCAUCAUGUUCUGCUUCCUCAUCUCAGUGCUCUACUCCAAAGCCAAGCUGGCCUCGGCGUGCGGCGGCAUCAUCUAUUUCCUGAGCUACGUCCCUUAUAUGUACGUCGCCAUCCGCGAAGAGGUUGCCCAUGACAAGAUCACCGCCUUUGAGAAGUGCAUCGCGUCACUGAUGUCCACCACCGCCUUUGGCCUGGGCGCCAAAUACUUUGCUCUCUAUGAAGUGGCCGGUGUGGGAAUCCAGUGGCGCACCCUCAGCCAGUCGCCGGUGGAAGGAGAUGACUUCAACCUCCUGCUUUCCAUGAUGAUGCUAGGCGUCGACGCCGCCGUCUAUGGGGUCCUCACCUGGUACAUCGAGGCCGUGCACCCAGGCAUGUAUGGCCUGCCCCGGCCCUGGUACUUCCCGCUGCAGAAGUCUUAUUGGCUGGGCAACGGGCGAAUCGAGACGUGGGAGUGGACGUGGCCCUGGUCAAGGGCUGCCCGGCUGAGCGUCAUGGAGGAGGACCAAGCCUGCGCCAUGGAGAGCCGCCGGAUGGAGGAAACCCGGGGCAUCGAAGAGGAGCCCACCCACCUUCCGCUGGUUGUUUGCAUUGACAAACUGACCAAGAUCUACAAGACGGACAAGAAGAUGGCCCUUAACAAGCUGAGCUUGAACCUCUAUGAGAACCAGGUGGUCUCCUUCUUGGGCCACAAUGGAGCCGGGAAGACCACGACCAUGUCCAUCUUGACCGGGCUCUUCCCUCCAACCUCGGGGUCAGCCACCAUUUACGGCCACGACAUCCGGACCGAGAUGGACGAGAUACGGAAGAACCUGGGGAUGUGUCCGCAGCACAACGUCCUCUUCGACAAGCUGACCGUGGAUGAACAUCUCUGGUUCUACUCCCAGCUCAAGGGCAUGGCCCAAGAGGAGCUCCGCAAGGAGAUGCACAAGAUGAUUGAGGACCUGGAGCUGACCCACAAGCGCCACUCCUUGGUGCAGACCUUGUCCGGAGGGAUGAAGAGAAAGCUGUCGGUGGCCAUUGCCUUUGUGGGGGGCUCCCGGGCCGUCAUCCUGGACGAGCCCACGGCCGGAGUGGACCCUUACGCCCGGAGGGCCAUCUGGGACCUCAUCCUCAAGUACAAGCCAGGGCGGACCAUCCUCCUCUCGACGCACCACAUGGACGAGGCCGACCUCCUGGGCGACCGCAUUGCCAUCAUUUCCCACGGGAAGCUCAAGUGCUGUGGGUCCCCGCUCUUCCUGAAGGGCACUUAUGGGGACGGCUACAAGCUGACCCUGGUCAAGAAGCAGUCGGAGGCCCCGAGCAGCGCCGAGCCCCGCAGCCCCCCCUGCUGCCCUCCGGCCGUCAGCCCUUGUUCCGAGGCCCGGGUCACGCAGUUUGUCCAGCGGUUCGUGGCCUCCGGCCUCCUGGCCUCCAACACCAACACGGAGCUCUCCUACGUCCUGCCCAGCGAGGCGGUUAAGAAGGGCUGCUUCGAGAGGCUCUUCCAACACCUGGAGCACAGCCUGGAGGCCUUGGACCUGACCAGCUUUGGCCUGAUGGACACCACCCUGGAAGAGGUCUUCCUCAAGGUCUCCGAGGAGGACCAGUCCCUUGAAGACAGCGACACUGACAUGAAGGAAUCCCCAAAGGAGUCCCUACGUUGCCUCUCCGACCCGAAACGGGGCACCCACUUGGGCCCCGAGAAGCCAGCGCCGGAUCCCUCCUCUUCCUCUUCCUCCUCUUCCUCUUCCCUCCGUGGCGAUGACGGUGGGCCUCAUCCACAGCUCUAUGGGGAUUACUCUCCGUUGUUUGACCCCCCGCAGGACCCUGAGAGCGGCUGCUUCCAAGGGGCGGGGCCUGUGCAAGGGGGCGGGGCCUGGCGGCUGGAGGGCUUCCGUCUGGGCCUGCGCCAAUUCCACGGCCUGAUCGUCAAGCGCUUCCACUGCGCCAAACGCAACACCAAGGCUCUCUCCUCCCAGAUCCUGCUCCCCGCCUUCUUCGUUUGUGUCGCCAUGACGGUCGCCCUCUCCGUCCCAGAGAUCGGGGACCUCCCACCACUCAUCCUCUCGCCCUCCCAGUACCACAACUACACGCAGCCCAAGGGUAACUUCAUUCCUUUCGCCAACGAGGAGCGGCACGGAGACCGGCUGCACCUGUCUCCGGACGCGGGGCCCCUUGCGCUGGUGGGGACCUUCCUGCUGCCCUCCGGGGUCGGGGCUACCUGUGUCUUGAAGACGGCUUCCAAUGGCUCCUUGGAGCCCCUGCUCCAGGCCUGGAGCCUCAAUGGCGGUGGAAGCGGCAGCGGCGGGAGCAGCAACGCCUCCAAGCUGCUGGCGGCCAAGUACUUUGACGCCAUGUGCCUGGACUCCUUCACGCAGGGGCUGCCCCUCUCCAACUUCGUGCCCCCGCCUCCCUCCCCCGCACCCUCCGAGGGACCCCCGUCCGAGGACCACCCCUGGAGCCCCACCCAGGAGCCCCCCACUGCCCCCAGCAGAGGGAUGGCAACCUUGGCGCCCACCUCCCUCCUCCGCGAACCCAUUCGCUGCAGCUGCUCCAUGCAGGGCACCGGAUUUUCCUGCCCCUCCGGUGUUGGUGGCCACCCGCCCCAAAGGAAGGUGGUUACCGGGGACAUCAUGGUAGACGUCUCGGGGCGCAACGUCUCCGAGUACCUUCUCUACACCUCCGACCGCUUCCGGCUCCACAGGUACGGGGCACUGACCUUCGGCCACGUCCAGCGGGUGGUGCCCCCCUCCUUCGGGGCCAGGGCCCCCCCUUCGGUGCGGAAGGUGGCCGUCCGGAGGGCCGCCCAGGCCCACUACAACAACAAGGGCUACCACAGCAUGCCCACCUUCCUCAAUGCCCUCAACAACGCCAUCCUCCGCGCAAACCUCCCCAAGAGCCGAGGGAACCCCGCCGCCUAUGGCAUCACCUUGACCAACCACCCCAUGAACAAGACCAGCGCCAGCCUCUCUCUGGAUUACCUGCUGCAGGGGACGGACGUGGUCAUCGCCAUCUUCAUCAUCGUGGCCAUGUCCUUUGUCCCGGCCAGCUUCGUGGUCUUCCUGGUGGCCGAGAAGUCCACCAAGGCCAAGCACCUCCAGUUCGUCAGUGGCUGCAACCCAGUCAUCUACUGGCUGGCCAACUACGUCUGGGAUAUGUUGAAUUACCUUGUUCCGGCCACGUGUUGCAUCAUCAUCCUCUUCGUCUUCGACCUUCCGGCCUACACUUCGCCCAAAAACUUCCCGGCUGUCCUCUCCCUCUUCCUGCUCUAUGGCUGGUCCAUCACCCCCAUCAUGUACCCGGCCUCCUUCUGGUUCGAGGUGCCCAGCUCGGCCUACGUCUUCCUCAUCGUCAUCAACCUCUUCAUCGGGAUCACGGCCACUGUGGCCACUUUCCUCCUCCAGCUCUUUGAGCAUGACAAGGACCUGAAAGUGGUGAACAGCUACCUGAAGUCCUGCUUCCUGAUCUUCCCCAACUACAACUUGGGCCACGGACUGAUGGAGAUGGCCUACAACGAGUACAUCAACGAGUACUACGCCAAGAUAGGGCAGUUUGACAAGAUGAAGUCCCCCUUCGAGUGGGAUAUUGUGACCCGGGGCUUGGUGGCCAUGACCAUAGAGGGCUUUGUGGGCUUCUUCCUCACCAUCAUGUGCCAGUACAACUUCCUCCGGAAGCCCCAGCGGCUUCCAGUAUCAACCAAAGCUAUCGAAGACGACGUAGACGUGGCCAAGGAGCGGCACAGGGUCCUGCGUGGAGAUGCCGACAACGACAUGCUCAAGAUCGAGAACCUCACCAAGGUCUACAAAUCCCGGAGGACGGGCCGCAUCCUGGCAGUGGACCGGCUCUGUGUGGGGGUGCGGCCAGGGGAGUGCUUUGGCCUGCUGGGGGUCAACGGGGCUGGCAAGACCACCACCUUCAAGAUGCUGACUGGCGACGAGAGCACCACUGGUGGGGAGGCCUUCGUCAACGGACACAGCAUCUUGAGGGACCUUCUCCAGGUCCAGCAGAGCCUGGGCUACUGUCCGCAGUUCGACGCCCUCUUUGAGGAGCUGACCGCCCGGGAGCACCUGGAGCUCUACACCCGCCUGCGCGGAGUCCCCUGGAAGGACCAGGAGAGGGUUGUGAAAUGGGCCCUGGAAAAGCUAGAGCUGAGCAAAUACGCGGACAAACCUGCCAGCACCUACAGCGGAGGCAACAAGAGGAAGCUCUCCACCGCAAUCGCCCUCAUCGGCUACCCAGCAUUCAUUUUCCUGGACGAGCCCACGACCGGGAUGGACCCGAAAGCCCGGCGCUUCCUGUGGAACCUCAUCCUGGACAUCAUCAAAACGGGGCGCUCCGUGGUCCUGACGUCCCACAGCAUGGAGGAAUGCGAGGCACUCUGCACGCGCCUCGCCAUCAUGGUCAACGGGCGUCUGAAAUGCCUGGGCAGCAUCCAGCACCUGAAGAACAGGUUUGGAGAUGGCUACAUGAUCACCGUCCGCACCAAGUCCAGCCUCAACGUCAAGGAAGUGGUCCGGUUCUUUAACCGGAACUUCCCAGAAGCCGUCCUGAAGGAGCGUCACCACACCAAGGUCCAGUACCAGCUGAAGUCGGAGCAGAUCUCCUUGGCCCAAGUCUUCAGCAAAAUGGAGCAAGUGGUGGACGUCCUGGGCAUCGAGGACUAUUCCGUCAGCCAGACCACCCUGGACAACGUCUUUGUGAACUUUGCCAAGAAGCAGAGCGACAACCUGGAGCAGCAGGAGGCCACCCUCCGGGCCGAGUGUCCCUUGAUGGAGUCCCCGCUGCUGCAGCGGCUGCUGGCCCUCCUCCGGCCCCGGGCCCCGCCCACCGAGCUCCGCCCCUUGGUGGCCCCCCAGGAAGGAGGGGAGGAGGGGCCCCGGGGGCCGGACUCCCAGGAGGAGGAAGACGAGGAGGAGGACGACGACGAUGACGAGGGGCUCAUCAGCUUCGAGGAGGAGCGGGCCCAGCUCUCCUUCAACACGGACACUUUCUGCUGAGGGGCCCUUCCCUCGAACCCAGAUCCACGGCCCCUCCGUGGACCCCAAAACCUUGCUCCGGCCGUUCUUUGGGGACCCCAUUAUGGGGCUCUUUUGCACUGAAGGAGGAGAAGGGAAGGGGCUGUGACUUUUUGGGGCGGUCGGUCCAGCCAACCCUUCAAAAGGGGGGCUUAUGUUGGUGCUGGGACAGGACCCCAGAAAGAGGCCAGGAAGGAGGCCAGCGCUCCCUGCAAGGUAGGCCUUGACGCCCCGGGAAAGGGUGACCCUUCCACCAAGAAGCAUGACCGCGGCGGGCAGGAGGCAUCGCACACCAGCAGCAGCCUGUUUUCUCCUUGUUUAUAUUUCAUUUUUGAUGUUAUUAUUUCUUGGGGGGAACCAGACCUCGGCCCCCAGGCCCCCAUCAGGGUCUCUGAGACAAUGGGGUCCCUCUGUCGCCUAUUUUGUGGAUGAUGGGAUGUCCCGUUUCACACUAUUUUGUGGAUGAUCAGAUGUCUUAUGUUUCAUGGAUGAUGGGAAAUCUCUUACUUCGUGGAUAAUGGGCCGUCCCCUAUUUCAUGGAUGUUGGAAUGUUGCCUAUUUUGUGGAUCAUGGGAUGUCUCUUAUAUCAUGGAUCGUGGGAUAGUUCCUAUUUCGUGGACGAUAGGCUGUCACCUAUUUCAUGGAUGGAAUGUCGCCUAUUUCAUGGAUGGAAUGUCGCCUAUUUCGUGGAUGAUGGGAUGUCUCAUGUUUCGUGGAUGAUACUUAUAUUUUGUGGAUGAUGGGAUGUCGCCUGUUUCAUGGAUAGACUGUUGCCUAUUUUGUGGAUGAUGGAAUGUUUCAUAUUGUGUGACUGAUGGGAUGGCUCUAUUUUCCUGGAUGAUGGGAUGUCAAAUAUUUUGUCUUCUGUUUCAUGGGUGAUGCUUCAUAUUUCGUGGAUGAUGGAGUGUGUCAUGUUCUGCGGAUGAUGGGAUGAUGGAGAGGGGGCCCAGGCCUGAAUGCAAAUUAUUAUCUUAUUAUUAUUGAAACUACAACUCCCAGUAUCCCUGAUCCAGCCAUUUAGUACAUUUAAAUCAAUUUAAAUCUUCCUUCCAAAAAAACUGUACCCACUUUGUGCCAAAACGGAGCCGCUAACCCACAGAAGAAUACCGAAUCCAAAUUUUAUUGGAUUGUGACUCCCAUCAUCCCUGAAUAAUAGUGAAGAAUGUUGGGAAUUGGAGUCCUGCAAUAUCUUGAAUGCUGCACAGUUCCUACCUUUGCUUUGGAAAAGUUUCUCUUUUUUCCUUUUGGAGACUACAAGUCCCAUUGUGGCAGAGGAUUGUGAGAAUUGUAGUCCAAAAGAAAGAUCAAUAAGAGAUGGCCAGUUGCAUUUGUUGAGGUCUUUUGAUCAUGAUGAUAAUGAUGAUGAUGAUGAUGAUGAUGAUUCAAUGAUGUGCUUUUCUGAUUAUUUUAAUUUAUAAGCGGAUUAUUAUUGUUGUCGGUUUUUUUCCAUUUGCAAUAUUGUGGGUUUGUUUUGUUUUAUUCUUUCCGGUUGCAUCCCAUAUUGGAGACGGCCUGUAUAUCGCUUGCAAAAAAAAAAGAAAGAGAAAAUAACUGUGAAUAUAAUAAUUAUUAUUGUUUUAAUAAAAAUGUCAUAACCA